UCGUAGGGCGGGUCUUGGCGUGGCCAUAGUGGGAUUCGUAAUUGCGCAUGCGGGACUGCAGAUAGAACAUUCUCACAACUUGCAUAGGUAUGACCGGGAGCCCGCUAACAACGCUGUAUUCAGUUCUCCAUUCAUUAACGGAGAUGAGACGCCAUUACAGGCCGAAGGAUCUCUAGUUGGAUUGUAAUCUGUAAUUCAAAGGGGCAGAGAUUCGGUGAGUCUUGUUGUUAAGGAAUAAAUCACUUAACAGAGCAAAUGGCGGAGAAAAUUGCUUUUCUUGAAAGUUUCCUGAACUGCCAUGUGUGUUCAGAGACUUUCAGUGACCCUGUGUCUCUGAGCUGCAGCCACAGCUUCUGUUCAAACUGCCUGCAAAAUGUCUGCUUACAAGCUAAAAACAAAAACUGUCCCAUUUGUAAAACAAAGUCCUCCACAGAUGAACCAGGAGUGAACUCUGCACUGAAGGAACUGGCUGACUCCUUUGCUGAGAGGCAGAAUCAUUGUGCAACUGAGACGGAAAAAGAAAAGGAGACAGAGGAAGUUGUGUGUGUUAAACAUCCAGAAGUCCCUUAUUGGUUCUGUGAGGAUGAAGAUAGAGCUGUGUGUCCUGUCUGUGAGUUUUCUCUCCACCAGAGUCACAAGGUGGUUCCUAUAGAACUAGCAGUCAGUGACCUGAAGGAGCAGCUGGAAUCUGACUUGACGUGCCGUUCCUCAGCAGUUAUAAACCCACUCAGACCAGAGCCAGAGUCCAGUGCUCGCUGUCAGAUCCACAGCUGGUCUCAGGAGCACUGACAGAUGUGGCCAAACAUCUGGGCAACCUGUCCUUCAGAGUCUGGGAGAAGAUGAGGGACGAGGUCCACUUCAGUCCUGUCAUUCUGGACCCAAACACUGCAAACCCCGGGCUCUAUCUGUCUGAUGA